GUGCAGGGUAAAUCUUGGGUAAAUCUUAAAGACUAAUAAAGACUGUGAAAUCGUAAUCAGGUGUCACUCGACAGUUGAUAAUGGGUGAUAUCAAGGCAUUUCUGCAUCAAUGGUGUGCCAAGAAUGGACACGAUCCACAGUUCGACGUUAGACCAACCGGCCCGAAGAAUCGACAGCGGUUCUUGUGUGAACUCCGAGUAUCCGGCUACAAUUAUGUCGGCGCUGGUAAUUCGACCAACAAAAAAGACGCCCAGGGCAAUGCGGCACGCGAUUUUGUGAAUUAUCUUGUUCGCAUGGCGAUUGUCAAUCCGAAUGAUAUACCUGUGGAUAUUGGAACGCCUGCUUCUACUACGCUUACUCCGAGCGAUCUUCCUGGAGACUCGUUUGCCCCAGCGAGACCUGUUUUUCAAGAUGGAAUGGGCCCCAAUGAAAUGGGUCAGGCUUACAGACCUUACAACGAAAGGGGACAGGGAAAUUAUACCUACAUCGACAGGAUCGCGGAACAAAAGAAAGUUGAGGAGGCAGAGGACCUGGACGUCAAUGCUGGAAUUCAUGGAAAUUGGACAAUAGAAAAUGCCAAGUCCAAACUCCACCAGUUUUUGCAAACUAACAAAAUUAAUGCAGAUUAUAAAUAUACCCCUGUCGGUCCAGAUCACACUAGGAGCUUUAUGGCUGAAAUGACGAUCUAUGUGAAGAAACUUGGACGAAAUGUUACAGGGCGAGAAACUGGUUCAAACAAACAGACUGCAUCUAAAAGCUGUGCAUUGUCUCUAGUCCGACAAUUGUAUCAUCUCGGUAUUAUUGAAGCGUUCAGUGGAACGCUGAAAAAGAACAAGGAAAGUGAAAAUAUGAAGCCAUAUCCGGUUAAAAUUGCACCUGAAUUGGAAACGCAGGUCCUUGAGGUUUUAGAAAGCCUCGAUGUUGCCCCAAUUAGCAAUUUCAACCCGCCACAGGCUCAGUCGGAAAAUUCUGGGGAAAUUACAAGUACCCCGUCAGGUGUAUCGUUGAUAACAAAUCAAGUUUUGGAUGAUUUUAUAUCUUCAAAACCGCAACCAGCUGGUGUAGUCAGUUGGUCUCCGCCUCAACCGAACUGGAAUCCGUGGGUUGGAUGUAACAUUGAUGAAGGGCCUCUGGCCACAAUUAGUUUGGACAAAAUGUCUGAGGACAUUAUGCUCGAUCAAAGAGAUCGGCUCCAGCAGGACACGACUCUUCAAAAAACUAUACAAGAAAGAUCUACACUUCCUGUAUUCGCCAAACGGAAUGAGAUCAUGGCGGCAAUCAACGACAACCCAGUUAUCAUUAUCAGGGGUAAUACCGGUUGUGGAAAAACUACUCAAGUUUGUCAAUUCAUUCUGGAUGACUACAUAUCUUCGGGACAAGGCGCGUAUUGCAGUAUAGCCAUCACACAGCCAAGGCGAAUCUCGGCUGUGUCUGUGGCAGACCGGGUAGCAGUCGAACGGUGCGAGCCGAUCGGUCAAGCUGUCGGAUAUUCCGUGAGGUUUGAAUCCUGUCUACCCCGACCUUAUGCCAGUAUGAUGUUCUGCACAGUCGGAGUACUCUUGAGGAAAUUGGAAGGUGGUCUCAGAGGUGUCUCUCACGUGAUAGUUGACGAGAUUCACGAACGUGACGUCAAUUCUGACUUCAUCAUGGUCGUUCUUCGUGAUAUGAUACACAUGUACCCUGAACUAAGAGUGAUAUUGAUGUCAGCUACUAUCGACACAACUUUGUUUAGCGAAUACUUCAACAAGUGUCCUGUCAUUGAAAUACCCGGAAGGGCAUUUCCUGUGCAACAAUAUUUUCUGGAAGAUUGCGUUCACUUGACCAAUUUUGUGCCACCAGCGGACACGCGAAAGAGGAAAAAUCGUGACUCUGACGAUAUUCCAGGCGACGGAGACCAAGAGGAAAACUACAACAAAAUUGUCAGUGGAAAUUAUUCUAUUCAGACGAAAAAUGCAAUGGCACAAAUGAGUGAGAAAGAAAUCAGCUUUGAACUUAUAGAAGCUCUGCUACAAUAUGUCAAAACUCAGAACAUUCCUGGAGCUGUACUGAUCUUCUUACCAGGAUGGAAUUUAAUUUUUGCUUUGAUGAAGCACCUGCAACAACAUCCAGCUUUUGGUGGCUCAAAUUACAUCAUUAUUCCGUUGCAUUCCCAACUGCCCCGUGAGGAUCAACGCAAAGUAUUUGAUCCAGUACCUACAGGUGUCACAAAAAUAAUUCUCGCUACAAACAUUGCUGAAACCUCCAUCACCAUUAAUGACGUAGUAUACGUCAUAGAUUCCUGCAAAGCCAAAAUGAAGCUCUUCACAUCGCACAACAAUAUGACUAACUACGCGACAGUAUGGGCUAGCAAAACUAAUUUGGAACAACGAAAAGGCCGAGCAGGUCGUGUCAAGCCUGGAUUCUGCUUUCACUUAUGCUCUCGUGCACGAUUUGAAAAAAUGGACGAACACAUGACUCCGGAAAUGUUCAGAACGCCUUUGCACGAACUGGCACUCAGCAUAAAGUUAUUGAGACUAGGAAGCAUUGGACAAUUUUUGUCAAAAGCAAUUGAACCUCCACCGCUUGACGCAGUCAUCGAGGCAGAGGUAAUGUUGAGAGAAAUGAAGUGUCUGGAUGCCAAUGAUGAACUAACGCCUCUCGGAAAAAUCUUGGCUCGUUUGCCGAUCGAACCACGCCUAGGCAAAAUGAUGAUUCUCGGAUGUAUAUUCAGAGUAGGCGAUGCAUUGUCUACAAUGGCAGCGAACAGUACAACAUUCCCAGAAGUCUACAACAUGGGCCCAGACAUGAGAAGACUUUCUUAUCAGCAAAAGUGGUUCGCUGGAGCCAGAUACAGUGAUCAUGUAGCUAUGCUGCACGCUUUUCAAGCGUGGGAAGAAGCUAGAGGCGGAGGAGAAUACGCCGAACAGGCCUUUUGUGAUUCAAAGAACUUAAGCUUACCCACGCUUAGGGUUACCUGGGAGGCGAAGAAUCAACUGCAAGCUCUUUUACAAAGCACUGGUUUUCCCGAAGAAACAUUGUGCCCGACACCAUUGAACUAUCAGGCUGGUUCUGAUGUUCGUCUUGAUACGAUUACCGCACUGCUAUGCAUGGGUCUCUAUCCAAAUGUUUGUUUUCAUAAAGAGAAACGAAAGGUUCUUACAAUGGAAUCCAAGUCUGCACUGAUUCACAAGACAUCCGUUAAUUGUAGCAACUUUGAGCAAAACUUCCCAUUCCCGUUCUUCGUCUUCGGCGAGAAGAUCAGAACUCGGGCAGUCUCCUGCAAGCAGAUGACAAUGGUGUCGCCUAUUCAUCUGCUGCUAUUUGGUUCUCGCCGAGUAGAAUAUGUCGAUAGCGUAGUGCGGUUAGACAACUGGAUAAACUUAGAUAUGAAGCCGGAAACAGCAGCGGCUAUUGUUGCGCUAAGACCAGCCUUGGAAAGCUUGGUAAUUAGAGCCAGCAAAGAUCCGGAAACGAUUUUGGAGCUAAGUCCUGUCGAAGAGAAGGUAUUGAUAGUGAUCAAGGCUCUCUGCGGGAUGAACGCCUGCCGCUUUGAAAUGGAUCAGAUAACUGGCGGAGGCUUCCAAUCUCGCAGACCACCGAGAGGACACUCAACUGGCUUUGGUUCUGGAGGUGGUAACAGACCGCCGCCGCCAAAAAUGAUGCGUGGAGGUGGUUUUCACGGAGAUAGAGGCGGGAGUUUUGGUCGCGGUGGUGAAAACAAUUACGGUGGCGGAGGUGGAGGCUAUGGUGCUCCGGGACGCAGUGGGUACAAUGGCAGAGGAGGAGGUGGUUUCAGAGGCAGAGGAAACUGGGGCGGUGGAUACCGUGGCGGAUACUAACGAGUAUUAAUUUAUCGCAGUACAAUAUACAUCACUUAAUUUUAAAUCGAGUCAAGCGUUAUCACGCGAUAAUGAUGAUAAGGCUACAAUGUAAGCCACAUUAACAAAGUAGGUAAUUCAUAAUUAGUCAGUGAGUGCUUAUGUCACACUUGAUGUAAUGAAGUUAUACAUGAGAUCGAAUCUUUCUGAAUAAAGAAAGAAUUAUUCAAAACAA